AAUUCUUUCAGAUUAGACCCGCCUUGUUUGGUUUAUAAGGAUUACAUGCUUUCUCAAGCAAUAAUUGGGGUCAUUUUUCUCAGGUGAACGGUGAAAGAAUACAUUUAGAAUAAACUCUUUAUUGGGAGCUUAUCAAAACAAACUCAGCUGAAAUAAGUCUAAGAUACAAGGACGUAAAAGGACUAUUUUGAUGGAAAGUUUUGUGUUUUUAUAGGCCAUGAGUCAUAGGGACUUUCUACAGGAAGUGCAGCUGUGCAGUUAUCUUACACCAUUAGUUUGCUUUUACAAAGAGUGAUUAAUACAAGAGCACAAAGACAGAAGAACAUGAAUUAUUACGUUUAAGUAAGAAUUGUGAAUUUGAGAAUUCAUAAAAACAAUUCAUAAGAAAAAUCUUAAAGCUUAAUUUGAUAUGUUACAAAAUCAAGACAGCUAAGUAGAUUUCUGAAUAGUUCGGGGAAAAUAAGUAUUUAUUUUUGCCGAUUUACUUAUAAAGAAUGGAGAGGUUUGUAAAUAUUAUGGUAAGUACACCUCAGCUGUAAGAGACAGGAUUUGAAAAGUCCAAGAAAUCACGUUGUGUAAUUUUCAAAUAAUUAAUUUCAAUUGUAUUGCAUGAAAUCAGUAUUUGAUCACCUGCCCUGCUGUCCUCCACUCAUUACCUCUAUUAAUUGCACCUGUUUGAACUCCUUACUUGUAUAAAAGACACCCAGCCCUGACACCAGGGACAAAACUGGUGUCAAAGACUGGGGUGGGCUACACUGAAAGCAAGCAGCUUGGUAAAAAGGAAAUUAUUAGAAAAGCUCCAUGGGACUGAGGCUUGUUGCAAGAUCUCGCCUCUUGCGAGUAUCAAGGAUUGUGAAAAAGGUGAGGAAUCAACCCAGAAGUACACAGGCGGACCUGAUCAGUGACCUGAAGAGAGAUGGCCCACAAUCUCAAAGGUUACUAUUGCAGGAUGAGGAUGGAUGGCCCAUGUAUUGUGAGAUUUUUUUUUUUAGAUUUAAAAGUGAACUAAAAUCCCUGCUGUAGUGUGUCACACCUGGUUUUCGGACAACUAUGGAAAAUAGCUGUGGACAACAACUGUUGGUCAAAUAGUUAGCCAGGGUUGUUAAUCCUGUAAAUGUAAAACAUUUCUGUACAAAACAUUGUUCUAUUUUUCUAUUGUGUCAAAUACUUAUUUCAUAAAAAAAGCAAAUUAAUUAUUUAGAAAUCAUACAAUGUGAUUUUUUAAAGAUUCUGCCUCAUAGUUGAGUUGUACCUACAAUGAAAAUUACAGACCUCUUUUUUUAUAAGAACAUUUUAAAAAUCUGCAGUAUAUCAAUAUCAAUAUCCAACACUGUAUAUAACUCAUACGUGAGACAAUACUUACGGGUUAUAGGGUAAUGCUUAGUGUUGUAAAAUAUAAGUACUUAAAUUUUUUUUUAUAUUGUUCAAAUUAAAUAUUUUUGUCAAUAUUUCAGAUAGUGAAACUCAUAUAGAUUCAUGAUACAGAGUUAAAGCCUUUAUUUUUUGUAAUUCUGGUGAUUAUGGCUCACUGACAAUGAAAACCACAAAAUUCAGUGUCAGAAAAUUAGAAUGUGAAAUAUUUAUUACAUAGAAAGUUCUAUGGAAGGAAGAAAUGUGGUAGGAAAAACUUGCACCAGCAACAAAUAUAGGAUUACAAGCAGGGGCGGUCUCAGCCUGUUUGGCACUCUGGCACCUUUACUGCAGAACCUCCUCAGGGUCCCAGAGUCUGGGUGAAGAGUGCAGAAGAACAGCAUCCAUGUUACUUGAAGUCUAGAGUGAAGUUGUUCCAGAGUUAACGCAGUCAUCUACCAGGACAUCUUACAGCACUUUAUGCAUUCUUCUGCUGCAAGGAACGAGAUGAGGAAAUACACUAGCCUAUUUUCCCACAAAAGAGUUUUGCAACAGUUGGAGGCUCAGCUUCAAGACGGGAGAGAGGUCAACCUGAGGUCACAAGGGUUUAAGCAAAUUAAUUUACAUUAUUCUCAAAAUUGAUGUUCGCAGCAAUUUUGUUUACCAGGUAUAUGGAUUGUGGGUGUCCUUUGCACCAGUGGAGGGAUCACUAAUUUACAACCAGUUUAUUGCACCAAAAUUUCUCAGAACAUCAGCUUUAGGAAAUGAUAGUUUAACUUGAUUUGAUUAUUUAAAAUAUACACAUAUAUUUUCUGCUUUCCUCUCAGCUGCUGAAGUGAAUUAAGUUGUGUCCUGUUCCUCCUGACAGCAGUAAAGUAUCUGGGUGCUUGAGUUCAACAAACUUUAGGAGGCUUUGACAGGUUGUGUUAUGUUAAUGUACAUCACCCUAGGGAAGGGGUGUGUGUUGUGAAAACUGGCAUUAAGUGAUGAGAUCUUUCCAGGUUAACACAAAAAACAGAUCAUAAAAACCUGGGAGACAUAAGUAAUCUUGUAUUUUGAUUUAUUGAUGAUUAUACAAAGAGUUUGAUGUAAUGAAAUGUGAAUCAAGGGAUGAAUAAAAUGAUGACUUGAAAGUUGAUAAUAAAGUUAGACACAGACGAUUUUUAAAAGAGGUUAUGUUGAAGAAUCAAAUUAGAAGGUAAUCGUGUUUAAUGUUUUAUGAUGACCAUAAAACAUAAAUAGAAUAAAAGCAUAAAUAGAAUUGUAACUGGAGUAGCCAUACAUUGUUUGGAGCAUAAGGACAUGUAAUUCCCAGAAUGUGUUAUAAUUAGAACAGAAUUCAGGGUCAAUAAAUGGUCUGAGGGGAAUUCCAAAAAGAGGAAUUGAUAAUUUUGUAUGUUGAUUCAUUGAUGAUUAAAAAAGUUAGUUGAUCGAGUAAUGAAAUACAUGGUGAAUAAAAUGAUGAAUUAAAGGUUAAUAAUAGAAUUGAAAUCAAAUGUUUAUUAAAGGGAGUAAUGUUUGAAAGAGUACAUUAAAGGAUGUUUAUGUUUAAUGUUUAUGAUAAUCAUGCAGCAUAUAUAGGAAUGUAAUUGAAAUAAUCAAACAGUGUGUUAGGCACAGAGGCAGGGAAAAGACAUGCCUGGACAUGUCUUACAGAAGAUUCCAUAAAAGGAAGUCUGGGAAAAAGAAGAAACCAGAAGGUCAGAAGACAAAAAAACAAAAGGGGAAGCGGAUAGGGCUUUGACCAAGUAUGGGGAUGUUUGGGACUUUCCAUGAAGUAAUUGAAUGCUUGAGAAGUCACGUACGCCAUCUCCCCAUACAAAGUCAUGGGUUGAAAGGGUAUAUAAGACCAUGGAAAACAAGAAGAGAAGUUCUUUGUCUCUGGUGCAGAAGUCAAGGCAACACAAGGAUGCAAAGAGAAGAUCAGCAGAUGACCGCACCCUGGAGCCACGGGGAAGUAAUGACUCUGCAGGGCUAGACAGAGACAAGACCCAUCAUCCCUCAAUCCCUGGUUCCUGAUUCGACCUCCUGCUCUGCGCUCAACCCAAAGAUUUCAAGGCUGUUGCAACGGACUUGGGGAUCAGACGAAGAUCACAGUAGUGAUGAAGAACUGAGUGCUCGGAAGACAACUGGUUCUGCUUUGCUUCUAAUCUAAGUGGGAUUUUGCUGUACAUGGACAAGCCUCAGACCAAGGACACUGGAACCUUCCGUUGCUGAGAUAAUUUACCAUCUGGGUAUGAGUAGAACUGCUUCCCAAAGCCUCUUUUAGUAAAUUAGUGACACAGUUUAGGGAAAGAAGUUAGGAAAUUAUUAAGGUGAUUUUACUCAAAUAGAUUUUUACUUUUAUUUUGUAAUCAUUGAUAAUUAAACUGUCAUUUACCCCCGCUAAACGCUUGCUUAAUAAAGAUGCAUUAAAAUUCGAAUAAGGAUUGUGGACAGUGAAAUUAAUUGAGUCAGUUGUCAUUUUAUGGUUCUUCUAGUUAAUGUAAAACCCAUGAACAUGUUUCUAGAAAUGUGGUGGCUUCAGAAAUCCCUUUAGUGUUGAUAAAAUAAUGACCUUGGGGCUCAUGCCGAGCCACUAAAAACUAACUAGUCUGUAACAAGUGCACGUCGUUGAUGGAGGGAGCGCUACCGUCAACAAGAGUGGUUGUUGGAAGUUAUGCGGUUGUGAGGGCAACUCAGCUGAUUGCUUCUUAACUGAAAAAGGUCACAACUCCUGGACUGUAGGUAGUUAAAGGCUAGUUGAAUCUCCCUCGACACCAGCUUAGACAGAUCAUCUCUCCCAGACCUGCUUCAGGGCAAUACUCGAAGGUUUAGAGAUUUUCCGGACCCGUUAGACAGAGAGCUGGUCAGCAGUCAGUCCAUGGAGGUUGUGAGGUUUAGGGCGGGGCUGGCUAUUGCGUAACAACACCCAGGGCUCUAGCUCCACGCCCUUAAAAGAAAUCCAUUGCAAAUUGUCAUAUGGUGCAUUUAUGCAUAAUUAAUGCAAAAGGAGGUUUAAUCAACUGCUUUGUGCUUGGGAAUUUAAAUACUUUUCAGUAGUCAUGCAUUUCUGUUUAAAUUAUUAAUGUGAUCUUGUGCAACAUUCUUAUUUAUGACACAUUAAAUUGUGGAUUCUUUUAAAGCCAUAAUCAUCAAACUUACAAGAUACAAGGGUUUGAAAUAUUUCACUUAGUGUGUGAUGAAUCUACAUGACGUAUUAGUUUAACUUUUUCAUGAUAUUGUAAUUUGAAUGUAGUGUAGUUCACACUCCAUCCGCUGGGAGGCAGCGAUGAGUUACACGGCACCUCAGAGUAAAUAAAAGGGAGGAAACCUGGGGGCUGACGAUCAGUCCGAGGCAGAGAUGAGGCAGGAAGAGCAGGCAGAGCUCACAAAGUUAUGGAUAAGUUGAAACUGGAUUUCAUCUUUUAAACCCUUUAAAAUUCUAGGACACGUAGGCAUGCUAUGUAAGUAUUAAUAGACACGUCAUGGUUGCAUAACUAUUUUUUUUCCUCUCUCCUAGAUAUUCCCGCCCUUACCUUCUUUGUGUUUCCUGUGGCGUCUUCCUUCACGUUAAAGCUUCACAAAUAACACGUGUGUUCUCAACUUUUUCACCAGAGCCUUCUAAAUUUACAGACAACACCCAGCCUGCAGGAAGGACAGAAUGAGCACGAUCCUCAGACUGGAAGGCCUGGACGUGAAGGCAGGCACUGAAGAUAUACGGACCUUCUUUCAGUCCCUGCACAUACCUGAUGGAGGGGUUUACAUUAUGGGAGGACAUCUCGGCGAGGCUUUUAUUUCGUUUACCACUGUAAGUGAUGCACAGGCUGCUUUGCUGCGCAGUGGGAAUUUUCUCAAAGGCUCCAUGGUGACCCUGCACAUCAGCAGUAUGGAAGAGAUAGAGCAGAAAUUCGAGGAGUCCUUAAAUAGCAAGAAAACUUCGCUCACUGUAAGAAAACCUCAUCCACGUUCAGCUGAAAAUGAAAUGUCAAGACAACAUAAGACUAAAAAUGGCAAUGUUAAGUCCAAAUCCAGCUCGCAUGACGUUUACCUGACUAAGGUGAAGCCCAAAUCCAGACCUCAUGGCAUUAAUAUAUUGAGGCCCAAAUCCAGAUUACAUGAGGACAUGACUAGAUUGAAGCCAAAAUCCAGACCACAUGAUGUUAACAUGAUGACGAAGCACAAAUCUAGGCUGCGUGAUGUUGAUAUGAUCAAGGUGACGCCUAAAUCCAGGCCGCAUGGUGAUAAUACUUCAGUUUCAUCUUCAGCUGCAUUUCCAGUUGAUCCUGAUCCUGCUGAUCUGCCAGCUUCUAAUGCACAACUAUUGGAUACUGAUGCUUUUUUUCUUGGAGUCUGUAGUGUCCUUCACAGACUCCAAUCAACUCAAACGGUGCCAAAAUUUGAGUUUCCCCACGUUGACAGCGCAACUUCCUCUGAAGCGGUCAGAAAUCCAGAACAUACACUGGACUUGAGGCCAGGUUAUGUUCGGCUAUUUGGGCUGCCAGCUUCAAUUACUAAAGAAGACAUCUGCAAGUUUUUCAAAGGAUUACGUGUAGAAGACGUUAUAGUUGAUGUCGAAUUGGGAAUCAGUCGUGGCUGCCUUGUUAAGUUUGCAGAUAUGCAAGAUGCAUCUGAUGCUCUUGGCUUCAACCAACAGAUGCUGGGCUCCAUUCCUGUGGAAGUACGUGGAGCAGAAGAAAAACUGUGGGUCAGAGCUCUUCAGGAAUGUAGUAAGGUUUUUGAUGACAGGUCAAAGUGUAAACAUGAAAGAUCUCCAACGGAAAAGGCACACUAUGAAAGAAGAUCUGUUGUUUCCCAUAAGAGGACAUCUGAUCAAGUUCCGUUUAAACCAUUAAAACACCCAAAACUUGAUGCGGAACCCAAUGCUUCAUUAUCAAGACCCUCGGAGUACACAGUCAUGGUCAGAAACCUGCCAAAAAACAUGACCAAGACUGACAUAAAAGAGCUUUUCAGAUGCCAAAACCUACCGCACAAAAAUGUGCUUCAUCUGCUUGACGAAACAAACAAUAUCACUGACACAGCUUUUCUGAGUUUUAACAGUACCGAGGACUUUGACUACGCCAUUAAUCUCUCUGGCUGCCAUGGUGGCUCUGGUGCCAUUGAGGUUACAUCAAUCACCAAGGAGCUCAUGUGGAAAAUGAUAGCCAAAAACCACCCCAGAAACCAAAGGACUGGUCCGACUGAUCCAAGAUUACAACGCAGCUUCAGAAAGCCAGAGCCAGUGCAAACCGACGCACCGCAGAGAGAAAGUCUAAAUGAGACGGGUCAGCGGUACAUUUUUAUUAGGAACAUGCCUGCAACUGUCAAGAAAAGUCAAAUCAGGAGCCUGUUCUGUAAAUUCAGUCUGAGUUUGGAUGACAUAAUGUUACUACAUGAUAGAGAGGGCUAUGGCUCAGGUGAGGCUGUUGUUAAGUUUGAAUCUGAACAGCAGGUCACACAGGCACAGAGGUUGCACGGCGAAGAGUUCCUGGGGUCAAACGUGCUUCUCACCCCCAUAAAUGAGAAGCAAAUGAAGAACAUUUUGGUGAACACCUGAAGAUUGUUUUGCCUGAAAAUCAAUUUCAGCUGCGCUUGACUGCGGAGGUUUCUAGUUUGCAUUAAAGGUUUUUUUUAUUUCAAGA